GGUUUAAAUAUAUUGGUAUGAAUGAUACAGAGGAAAGGAGGGACUGGCUGGCUGAACUGGUUUACCGGGAACUGGAUAUUAUAAGAGACUAUGUGGGGAUCCUACGAUUUGAGGAUCAUCGUAGGGAAGAAAUGCUGGCACGUGCCCAAAAUUUAUUCUGUUUUGAGCAGGCAAAGCCAGUUCUGGGUGCAGUCAGCCCCAGAGAUUCUCAUUUUCACCCUAUUUCAAUCAGUGCUGGGGUGGGAGAGGAAAAAAAGCUCACAAAUGACUAAAAUGUAUUGCCCUGGGGAACCAGGACCUACUGAUGUGUGUAACCUGAGGUAAGGAGAUGUUACACAGGAGAUGCCUGCUGCAGCCUCCUCAAGUGAAAACCCUGUCUGUGUGGAGUCCGGGUGCUGUGUGAUCCCUGGACUGGCAGAACCUGAGAGUGGGUGCUGUUAUUCUAAAGGCUUGGCAGAGGCUGAGGCCUCCCCAAGUGAAAACCUUGUCUGUGUGGAGUCCGGGUGCUGUGUGAUCCCUGGGCUGACAGAACCUGAGAGUGGGUGCUGCUAUUCUAAAGGCUUGGCAGAGGCUGAGGCCUCCCCAAGUGAAAACCCUGUCUGUGUGCAGUCCGGGUGCUGUGUGAUCCCUGGGCUGGCAGAACCGGAGAGUGGGUGCUGCUAUUCUAAAGGCUUGGCAGAGGCUGAGGCCUCCCCAAGUGAAACCCCUGUCUGUGUGGAGUCCAGGUGCUGUGUGAUCCCUGGGCUGGCAGAACCUGGGAGUGGGGAAUUGGCAGAGGCUGUGACCUCCCCAAGUGAAAACCCUGUUUGUGUGGUGACUAGCGGCUGUGUGAUCCCUGAACUGGCAGAACAUGAAAAAGGUUGCAUGGAGGAGAAAGAGAAGGAUCUCCCAUCACCAGUGGAGUGGCUGCUGGUUAGAGAGGACCAGAGCCAUGACUUGAGCACAAAAAAUGGGAAUGUCCAAGUCUGGUCCAUUUGCCCAGGAAAUAGUGAGCUGCAAGAACCUAAGAUGCCAAGCGGCAAGGAAUCCAAUCCAAGUGACCAGAUGAUUACCCCACAGAGAACUGCAUCUUUGGUAAGUCCCAAUGCUGUCCCUUCAAUAAUUCCCAGAUGGAAAGAUCCCCUGCUGUGUGAUGGUACAGGGACUGGGGCCUUGAGAAAGGUUGGGUGGAACCCAGAGACAAGACACGGGGGUAAAAACUUUUGUAAUACUCUUUGGGGUCCACUGGUCAUUGGGGUCACUUGAAGAUGAGUCGCCUUGGCCACCCUGCUUGGGGAGGGGAAUACAGACUGUACCACCUGUGAUUGUUCCCUUCUCCCUGGGAGGCACCUUUAUUGUCCUGGAGGCCAGAACUGUGACAUUUACAGGAAAACCCAUACAGAGGGAAGAGGAUUAAUGAUGGCUGCCCUGAAAUAUCUUCCUUAAAUCCUGUGGGUUCUGUUUACACGCCAUCUUUUUAUCUUACAUCUAUCUUGUUAUGUAAUGCACAGUGUACCCCUGCUUUGUCAAUAUGUGCCCCCCAGGAACUAAAGACUUUGCUCAGUGACUCUGGAAACUCUUUGUGAAACUGCACCAACAGCUGCCCCCUACUGUGUGUGAGGAGCCCAGCCACUAAGGGCUGUCUGGGAAACUGCACCAACUGCUGCCCCCUACUGUGUGUGAGGAGCCCAACCACUAAGGGCUGUCUGGGAGGGGGAGAGAAUACUGUGACUUUGGAACUCUGAGCAAACUGGCAAUGCUGAAGAUACAAUAAAGAGCCUCAUUUUCUAAAGGAA